UGCGACCGUUUGUCGGCGUCAACUAUGGCUUCUAGAUUAGAAAUAAAUUUUAUCAGAUUAUUGUCCCGCUGUGAGUCCAUAGCGUCGGAAAAACGAGGAGAGACUGAAUGGAGGUUAGAAAAGUAUGUUGGUGCCCUGGAGGAGAUGCUGGUGGCUUUGAGGAAAAGCCUGAGCAAACCUACAGCAGAAACACUGACUGAAUACACAAGAAAAGUAGAUUUUCUGAAAGGUCUUCUUGAGGCAGAGAAACUGUCUUCACCAACAGAAAAAGCUUUAGCUAAUCAGUUCCUCGCCCCCGGGCGAACGCCUACAAUAGCCAAUGAGAGGAUGCCUGCCUCUAAAACAGUCCACAUGCAGACGAAGGCCCGGUGUACUGGAGAGAUGAGGGACGAGCUGCUCGGCACGGGAGGAACAGGCAAAGGCACGUCAGAAACAGACUUAAGAAACAGAAGAGGUCUUCCUCUGGACGAGCGUCAGUCUGCAGCAGAGCUGGAGGCCGUCCUGCAGCACCACCACAACCUGCAGGAGAAACUCGCUGAUGACAUGCUCAACCUUGCCCGAAACUUGAAGAACAACACUCUGGCAGCUCAGAAUAUCAUCAAACAGGACAACCAGACUCUGAGUCACUCGAUGCGUCAGGCCGACAUGAACUUCGAGAAGCUGAAGACGGAGUCGGAGAGACUGGAGCAGCACACCAAGAAGUCAGUCAACUGGCUGCUGUGGAUUAUGCUCAUCCUGGUCUCCUUCACCUUCAUCAGCAUGAUCCUCUUCAUCAGAAUCUUCCCCAGACUGCGAUGAUGACAGUCGACAAUCUCAAACUCUUUGUCCUACAGCCUCCUGUGUUUACAGAGCAGUAACUUCAUACAGUAGGCCUCAUAGAUCUGCACAGCUCGUCUGUACCUGUGAUACAGAUCAGUAGUGGUCAGAACCAAAACAACUCAGUUUGAAGAGCUGAAACAUUUGCACUUUUGAAACAGAAAUUCUUCCUCUUAACAGGCUGACGGAAGUUAGAAAUGUGGUUUGUAGCAUCAGUAUUCCUUUUUUUAAGCAGGACAGAACAUGAAUCAAGGUAAAGAAGUUCCUGUUGGAGGGUUUUGGUGAGCAGCAACAUACAACAUAGUCUUAAUACCCAGAAAGCAGAGACUGAGCCUUAAUUAUUUUAAUCCCUCAUCAGGUCGUCUACCAGCCAUUUAAAUACAUGUACGUACUUCCUCACUUAUGCUGUUUGUUGUUUGUUUUUUACAUGGCACAGCUCGACUCACUUUUGGCUCCAGGUACUUGUCUCUAUUUUCAGUAGAGACAUAAACUUCAAUGUGACACUCACUGAAUCAUUUUACCGGCUGCCGAACAGAGGUCUGCACUUCUUCAAGUUGUAGCUUUGUGGGCUGCCAUGUUUUAAAAUCUGGGUCCAGUUAAUAAGAACUAAUUUGGGUCGCCAUUGAUAGUGGGUCGGCUAUUUAAAAAUCGUGGGUUUGUGCUGGAUGUCCUGCUAGUGUUGUUUCCCCUUAUCAAUCAGUAGUCUGCAGUGCUUUAACAGUGUUUAAACUCCCCAAAAAACAUACCAGAAGUAAAUCGAGUUGAGUUGAGUAGAGCCAUGCCCAGCAUCUGAAAUGCAGCAUUUGUGUAACUAAAGUCAAAAUCAACUUUUGUAGAAAUGCAUACAUCUGAAGUAUGCAUGAACCGUCCACCUUGUGCUGUAUAUUAGCCACAGUUUCAACACUACAUUAAAUUCACUGAAUAUCUAAAAAAUCGCACUUAUAAAUAGCUGUGGUUGUGCUAAAACUCAGAAGAGAUUGGUAACAUGUUAACUGCCUCUAUUUAGCAUUUGUAAGCACUAUAUAAAGGUUUAAACCUCAGAUUCACUUGUUUUAAAACAAGCUUUGUCCACUUUUUUUCUGUGCUGUGUCUGGUUUUCGUAGCUCCGUUCCCACAUGCUGACGCCCAGCAGAAGAAAGCAAAAUGUUUAGGAAAUCCUGCAUCAUAUACCUUUUUUAAAAAUGGUUUAUAACACUAUAAUGAUGUCGAAAGAAGCAAUAUGUACAUUUUUAAGUGUUUGUCAACAAUUCUAACCUAGAAAGACAUUUUACAUUAUUAUUAUUAUAUUUACCAUAUUAUCAGUCAUUGUCUGUCUAAACAGCAGCCUUCAUUGAUGGAGGCCCAAAUAAGAGGUUACUUUUGUUGAAAAAUACAAUAAACGACUACAUUAUAGUGUGUUAUCAGCCAUUUUCCAUUUUUGAAAUCAAUUAUCAAAGAAAUUCAACUUCAGUUUUUUUUCUUUGUUAUUGAUUUAUGACAUUAUAACAGUGUUUAGGAGUUCUCCCUACUCCCUAACCAUGAUUGUGCUGCUUACAUUUAGGUGCAGGACUUAAAUAUUGCAGUAAAAAAUCAAGGCCAUGGUUAAUAAAAUGUUACAGGAACAAAAAAAAGCCCUGACACUGCUUGUGGUUCAGAGGGAUAAAUGUUUAUAUAGUGCUUAUAAAUGAUUAAUCAAGGGGUUAAAAUGAAGCUGUUCACUAAAAUUAAAUAAUACAAAUCAGUUUUAUUUUUCAUUUUCAAAGUUAAGUUUUGGAGAAUAUCUUUGUUAAGAGGUUUAGAGCUUUGUGCUGUUAUUGUUGUUUGUGAGUUCACUCAUACUUUAUGUCUUGUGUUCUCAGUCCUGUUUAUUGUUUAUCAGUCUGUGUGUUGGUGGCUGAUUCCAUAAAUGUCCAUCAGGUGAUGAUAUUUGUUAUGUUGGUGAUGACGGGUGACGCUGCCAAUGUUGAAGAAAUCAGAUUUUGUUCCCAUUAAAAUGACUGUAACCACAUGUAUCACAUCAUUCAGAGCGGCUGUUGUAUAUGUGUAAAAGUUCACAUGGAGUUAAUUAUAAGAAAGAAUGAAGACGCUUAA